ACAAAUACCUAACCUACACACUCAAACUCACACACACAGACAACACAAUGGAGUUACGUGUUGGCAAUAAAUAUCGUCUUGGACGCAAAAUUGGUUCCGGUUCAUUUGGUGAUAUCUAUUUGGGCACAACAAUCAACACAGGCGAAGAAGUUGCCAUCAAAUUAGAAUGUAUACGCACCAAACAUCCACAGCUACACAUUGAAUCGAAAUUCUACAAAAUAAUGCGUGGCGGCAUCGGUAUACCGCGCAUUAUCUGGUGUGGCAGCGAGGGUGAUUACAAUGUCAUGGUCAUGGAACUGCUCGGCCCCUCACUCGAAGAUCUAUUCAAUUUCUGCAAUCGCCGUUUUACACUGAAGACCGUUCUACUGCUGGCCGAUCAAAUGAUAUCACGUAUCGAUUUUAUACACUCACGUGAUUUUAUACAUCGAGACAUCAAACCAGACAAUUUCCUCAUGGGCUUGGGAAAGAAGGGCAAUCUGGUGUAUAUAAUCGAUUUCGGUUUGGCGAAAAAGUUCCGGGAUUCCAGAUCGAUGAAACACAUACCGUAUCGGGAAAACAAAAAUCUGACGGGCACAGCACGUUAUGCCUCCAUCAACACACAUUUAGGUAUCGAACAGUCAAGGCGUGACGAUUUAGAGUCGCUGGGCUAUGUGCUGAUGUAUUUCAAUUUGGGCGCCCUACCGUGGCAGGGACUGAAGGCGGCCAACAAACGACAGAAAUACGAACGUAUUUCCGAAAAGAAACUCUCAACCACCAUAGUGUCCCUGUGUAAAGGCUUCCCUAGUGAGUUUAUCAACUAUUUGAACUACUGCCGGCAAUUGCAUUUCGAACAGCGUCCCGACUACUGUUAUCUACGCAAAAUGUUCCGCAAUCUGUUUCAUCGUUUGGGCUUCACGUACGACUAUGUGUUCGACUGGAACCUCUUGAAAUUCGGCGGUCCCAGAAAUCCACAGGCCUUGCAACAGGCCCAAGAUGGCAAUGGUCAAACAGCAGCCCAGGAGGGCAACGGUCCACAGACACAGCAGCAACAACAAACGGCUGCUCAGCAACAACAUCAACACAAUCAAAAUCAAAUCGCCAGUGCUGUGGCCACAGUGGGGGGUAGUGCCACCCAACAGCUGUUGAGCACCGGAGGCGCUGGCGGUCAAACACUGGUGAGCAGUAGCGGCGGUGGCAUAAUGGGUGCAGGCUCCCAAAUGCUGGUAGGUGGCGGUGGAAACGGUGGUCUCACAAUGGAUGAUUCAAUGGCAGCCACAAAUUCGUCGCGCCCUCCCUACGAUACACCUGAACGUCGUCCCUCGAUUCGCAUGCGCCCUGGCGGUGUUGUACAACCGGGUGGCGUGGUAGCCGAUAUACGAAAUGCAAAAUAAUAUCUUAUCUUUUAGAUUUCUAUCACAACAACAAAUCUAUCUAUAAUAUUUUAAUAUUAUAUGUCGUUUAUCUAUCCUCUAUACUUGCGCGUCUCUAAAUUUAGACACAACAACGUGGUGGCGGUGGCUCGGC